UUAAAUUUCGCUUCGAAUUCUAUACCCCAGUAUCUCUCUCUCUCUCUCUCUCUCUCUCUCUCUCUCUCUCUCUCAUAAUCAGAAAUCAGAAUACGCAGGAAACCCAGCUGUAAUUUUAAUGGAGAACGUGCUAAAUGUGCCUCCCAAGAGCCCAAUUCAACCAGAAAACACCAUAAUCGACUGCAAAACGCCGCCCCUGAAUCAGCAAAAUGAUCGAAAUCAUCGAAACCCAAGCAAUGAUUUGCGCAAACCCAGCACCCCGGACCGCCUCAAAGUCCCCAAGGCAUUCAAGUACCCCGAAAGAUACAGAAGCCCAACCGACUCGAUGAUGUCCCCGGUUACAAAAGGCCUUCUUGCCAGAAGCAGAAAGGGCGGCGUGCUUUUACCGCCGAGUAUAAAUCAGACCAAGAUUCAGGAUUUGCGUGUUCCGGAGGUAGGUCUCUUCGAAAAUUAAAAGUAUGAAAGCCGUUUGGAAAAAGCUCAAAGAUCAGAUGGAUCUCUUGAUCCUAAUAGUUGGUAUUAUUAAGUUCGAUUUGAUGGGAGCAAUGGAAUGAUAUGACCCGAUAUGUUGCUUUGCAAUUCCAGUAAGAUGGAUGAAAUGUGGUUAUCUGAGGCUUUUUUCGAUAUGAUUUGAAUACAUUGUUGUAAUAAA